UUUACAAGCAGCGUAUGCAGCUGCUUUUAAGGGGCUUGAAAGAGUCGGAUGUGGACAACUUUGUUGAUGAUGUCCUUGUGAAUCACAAACCAUGGGCUUCCCGAGUGCAAGAUCCGUUGACUGGCUCCCAUGUAUUUGUAUGUGCACAUUGUAGUCGAGAAGAAUGGAAUCGUGAUAGUGCGCGUGUUCUCAUUGAUAAGUUCGAAGAGGAGGCUGAGCUGCGAGGAUGGACGAAUCAGGUAUUUGUUACUGCUUGCUAUCACACUGGAGGCCACAAUGGGAAACUUGAUUAUCUACAUCCCAGGUUCAGAUGGAAGUACAACAAGCUAUUGGUAUGGCUACGUCACUCCUGAUGAUGUGCCAGAAUUUGAUCAGCAUAUUGGGAAGGGAGAGAUUAUAGAACGACUUUGGAGGGUCCAAAUCGGAGCAUCUUGUGAUGAAGCUGAAAAAAUUAAUGACCCGAAGCUUCCAAAUGGAGGAGAAAGUAAGAAAAUCGAGGAGAUGCCCCAAGGAAACGGCAAUUGGAUUGAGAAUAAUGAGAACUUUUCAGGCUGUUGCCAAAGCUCAAGAGUUUGGUCGAGAUCAUCGUCCACUGCUGAUCUCUGCAAGCAUCUCCUCCACCAGCCUCAAUGGUGUUGUACUCGUCCAAGGGCUGGAUUACGAGAGCAUUAGGCGGGCUUUUUCUCUCUGGAAUGGAUAUUCCUUACUGGUUCACCUAUGUCGUGAAUGAGGAUGAAACUAUCAAAUUUGAAGUGCGGCAAAGGACUGCUGUUAAUAUAAGAGGGUUGGCUGUGUGCAUAGUUUAUUCCGGGGACCACUCCGGCUGUACUGGGUCUCUAUGCAUUCAUGUUGUUAAUCAUUCCCAGCGAACUCAUUUUGUCAUUUCGCCAAUUGUGGCCACCGUAACUGCCUCCCAUGAAUGUCAUCUUUGGCUGGGACAUCUUUCAAACAAGAAGCUGAAUCCGAAGGCGGCAACGUGGUUUUUGUAACAGCAGACUUUAAUUAAAGGAGCAGAGGAUGAUCAUCAAAUUAAGGUGAAGAAAACUGGAGUGGGUAUCACAGAAUGUCAUUUGUCUGAUGGAAUUCUAGAAUAUGAUCUUUCAUAUAUAGAGUUUAAGGGCGUGGACUAUGAGCGUGUACCGUAUGAGUAUGGCGACGAUACUGAUGACGAGGACUAUCAGACAUAAACUGAUGAAAGAGAUUGUUGACGUUGCAGACAGAGUUAAGCCAGCCAUCACUCAUCUAACGAUGAGGUACCCUAAACCUAAACUCAUCUUAUGAGUUUGUUAAUUGAUUUGAAUAUUGAAAGCAUUACAAUUGAUGUUUGAGAUUGGUCAUCGUAAGACCCAGAUCGAAUUUGGUUACUACUAAGGAAGUUGGAGUUUAUUUGAA